CACAAACGUACACGCGCACACGCGGGAAGCAGGGGAGAAGUAACAGCGAGUGUAGAAAUCCACUGAAGAGUCUGAAUAGCUGGAGACACACCUGCUGACGGCUGUUAGCUCUGAGUACAAUCAUUUUGUAGGUCGUGUGCCGUUGCAAUGGGCGGGAACUGAGCUGAGAAGAGAAAGUGAAAGUUAACAGCAGGAAGGAUGAUGAGGCUAAAGUGAUCGAGAUUUCAGAAAAAGAGCCUGUGACAUUUUCAUCCAGUCUUGUCCCAGAAGUGUUCAGCACUCUCACCAGUCUGUCCUUCAUCACUCCUCAUGUUUGGAAUGUGACAAAGUUCAAAAUAAGCCUGACACACUGUUUUAUUUUUUAUUCUUCUCACAAGUGUUAGAGCAUUUCCACAACAAUGGUCUCAUUGAGGUGGUUUGUGUUGUCUGUCCUCCACCUGUCUCUGGUGGGGUCAGAGCCCACUUCAAAACAAACAUCACCUCCUCCUCACCCUGAGGGAGAACAGCCUCCUCUGGGUGUUGAUAAUCUGUCCUUCCCUUGGAGCCGUCUUCGCCUGCCGAGGUACAUCAUUCCUCUCCACUACCACAUCCUCCUGCAUCCAAACCUCACCACUCUCAGUUUCUCUGGCUCAGUGCAGAUCCAGAUUGAUGUCCAAAACAACACAAACUGGGUUGUGUUGCACAGCAAGGGUUUGAACAUCAGCAAGGCAACAAUUUUGGACCAGAACCUCGCUCAUCUGUCUGACCAGGUUCUUCCAGUUCUUCAUAACCCUUCCCAUGAGCAGAUUGGCAUUUUUUCACCCAGGGUGCUCACUAGUGGGCAGAAGUAUUUUCUCUACGUCGAGUUUGGGGCAACACUGGCAGAAGGUUUCUAUGGUUUUUAUAAGAGCACGUACAGAACCAGCACAGGAGAGACCAGAACUUUAGCUUCAACUCACUUUGAGCCCACAAGUGCUCGGAUGGCGUUCCCGUGUUUCGAUGAGCCAAGCUUUAAAGCCAACUUCACGGUCCGGAUAAGAAGAAGUCCGGAGUUCAUUUCUCUUUCCAACAUGCCUGUGGUCAAGACAAUUCCUGUAAAUGAUGACCUGCUUGAGGACCAGUUUGAUGUGAGUGUUAAGAUGAGCACGUACCUGGUAGCUUUCGUCAUCUGUGACUUCAAAUCUGUCACUGGAACAACAUCCUCUGGAGUGCAGGUGUCAGUUUUUGCCACUCCUGAGAAGAUUCAGCAAACUCACUACGCCCUGGAGGUUGCAGUGAAAAUGUUAGAUUUCUAUGAGGAGUAUUUCAACAUUAAAUAUCCUCUACCAAAACAAGGUACAGCUGGUUCAGUUUUCAGUCACAAAGCCACUUUGUUUGUCCUUUUUAUUAUGUUUUUUGUUUUUGCUUUUUUUUGUUUGUUUCUCUCAGAUCUGAUAGCUAUCCCAGACUUUGAGUCUGGUGCAAUGGAGAACUGGGGUUUGACCACAUACAGAGAGACCAGCCUUCUUUUUGACCCCUCCACAUCCUCUGUGUCUGACAAACUCUGGGUUACCAUGGUGAUCGGCCAUGAGCUUGCCCACCAGUGGUUUGGUAACUUGGUGACGAUGGAGUGGUGGAAUGAUAUCUGGCUGAAUGAAGGAUUUGCUCGGUACAUGGAGUACAUUUCAGUGGAGGCCACAUACCCCGACCUUAAAGUAGAGGAAUAUUUAUUGCACACGUGUUUUGCAGCAGUUGGUCUUGAUUCCUUGAACUCCUCUCGGCCGAUAUCGAGCCCAGCAGAGAACCCAACUCAAAUUAAAGAGAUGUUUGAUACAGUCUCCUAUGACAAAGGAGCGUGUGUUUUGCACAUGCUGCGACACUUUCUGUCAGAGGACGUGUUCCAGAGUGGGAUAGUGCGAUACCUUCACAAAUACAGCUAUGCAAAUGCACACAACCAGGACCUGUGGGACAGUCUAGCCAAUACAUGCUCAGAGGAGGACUUCAUCUCAGGGAAACAUUGUUACAGCAAAGCCCAGGCCUCCAAAAAUGCAUACCUGUUUGCAGGGGAACACCUAGACCUGACUGCUAUGAUGAACACGUGGACUCUGCAGAAAGGGAUUCCUCUGGUGACAGUGAAGAGGAUGGGGUCUAGUCUUCAACUCAAACAAGAACGGUUCCUGAGGACAGUGCUGCCCACUGACCCUCUGUGGUCCACAAUGCAGCAGGGUUUUCUUUGGCAUAUCCCUCUAACAUACAAGACAGAUUCUUCGAACAUUAUUCACAAACACCUGAUGAUGACACACACAGACAGUCUUGACUUAGAGGAAGAUGUCAGUUGGGUAAAAGUCAACAGUGACAUGACAGGAUAUUAUAUGGUUCAUUAUGAGGAUGGCGGAUGGGAUGUGAUGACCAACCUGUUGAGGAAAAACCACACUGCUCUGAGCUACAAAGACCGGACUCAGCUGAUACACAACGCCUUUCAACUGGUGACAGCAGGACAUCUUGAGCUGGAUAAAGCCUUAGAUCUGAUUGGUUACCUGCAGUCAGAGACCCACCCUGAACCUUUGCUCCAAGGACUCGGAUAUUUGGAGUUCUUUUACCGGAUGUUUGAGAGGAUGGAAGAGUCUGAUCUGACAAGUAUACUGGGGGCGUACAUCCUGCGUUUUUUCCGUGCAGUCAUCGACCAGCAGACAUGGACUGACAGUGGCACUGUGUCAGAGCGGCGACUGAGGUCUGAGAUUUUGUCACUGGCCUGUCACCUGGGUGAUCCAUCGUGUGUGGAGAGAGCGCGCCAGAACUUUGAAGAAUGGCUUCAGUCCAACGGUACACUCAACUUGCCCACUGAUGUUGCAGAAAUGGUGUAUUCAGUUGGAGCUCAGGAUGACCAUGGCUGGGCUUCACUCCUACACAUAUACAACAUCUCCCUCUCUGCAGCUCAGAAAGGAAAAAUUCUGUUUGCUCUGACCUGCACCAAAAACCCAAGUAAACUGAGCAAGCUGCUGGAGUUAGGUCUGGAGGGGAAAGUGAUCCGAUCUCAGGACUUGUCCUCUGUCAUUGUGAUGGUGGCCAGAAACCCACGGGGGCAUUUCCUCGCCUGGAACUUUGUCAAAACAAAAUGGGACAAACUGGUUCAAAAGUUCCAGCUGGGCUCAUUUUGUAUCAGAAACAUCCUUGUUGGCACCACAAGACACUUUUUAUUUCCAGAGGAACUACAAGAUGUGCAGUUGUUCUUUGAGUCCAUCAAAGAGCAGGCGUCUCAGCUGAGAACAACCCAGAUUGUCCUAGACAAUGUGCAGAAAAACGUCCGCUGGGUUCAGAGAAACCUGAUGCCUCUGAGAAGCUGGGUUUACAAACGCACAGAGUAAAGGAGAGUGAAGAGAGCUGCUGUUUUAUAAGUGCACUAGUGUGGCGCUGUCUACUUAAACAAUGUCUCUGCAACUCCACUUUUGUUUAAUUCAUUUAAAGAGAUGUCUCCAACAAAAUCUAGACAGUGACCACACUGACCCCAAAAGGUCGUCAUGAAAAUAACUGACAACAUAAAAUGUAGGAAAAAAUUGUUUAUUUGCAGUUGUUUUUUUUUUCUUUUUCUCUCUAUGUCCCACAAUUUGAGGAGAAAAGGAAUGCACAGUGGGAAUAUUUUUAAGGUUUUGUUAAAUUUGUUCAUGGUUGACUUUUGUACAUUGUGCUGUUGACAGUUUUGUAUAGAAGAAGCAUCAUAUUUUUAGGGGCUGUUAUUGGUACUCAAUUAGGAUUGUAUUGAAUGUAAUAUGCAGAAAAUAGCAAAAACAGUUUUCAUUUGAAAGGAUUUAUUUUUAAUUCUUGGUUAGUUUUGGUCGCUUUGGCAGAAUUGUUUCUGUGAAACAAGUCAUUAAAAAUUGACAUUAAAAUUAGAAAGGGUUUCAUUCCAAAGCAAUCAGUGCUGUGUAAGCAGAUGUUUUAAAAAGACUAUUAAAGGGUUGUUGAAAUUU